AUGGCUUUGCCAGCUCCAUCUGCAGUGAAAGCAGGGUCAGGGUCGGCAUGCUCUUCCACGUGCCCUCCGUAUCCUUUCUCCUUCGCGCAUGUUAGGGCACUCGGUCCAGACCAUUGCUUGAGCCGAAUCAUCAGACCAGACACCAUCGCAGGAGGCCCACAUGUCGAAGCUUCCAAGCACGAGCCUUGGGUGCUUGGAGGAGCUGCGCUUGGUGCCGGGUGCGGGUGGAUAGCUCGCUCAGCCAAGAGACGAGGAGUGCGAAGGGCGGCUCUUCCAGACUUGCUGCAGUCAACCUUGGGGAAACGGGAGCUGAAGCGGGUGAUCAGCUGGUCGCUGGCGCAGCGAGGACGACAGGAGACCAAGGACAUGCUCGACAACAUGAAGACGCUCGGCUUCUCCUGGGCGACACGAGCCGGCAUCUCAUUAGGCGUCGACGAUAUGAGCGUCCCAGCCGAAAAAGCUGCGCUUUGCGAUGGCUCGCAGCAGCGUCAGCUGCAGGCGGAGGCGAAAUAUCGGAAUGGAGAGAUGACGGUCGUUGAGAAGUUCUUGAACGUCACAGAAGAAUGGACGAGAACGAGCGAGCAAGUGAAGAACGAAGCAGUGUCCAACUUCAAGGAAAAUGAUCCCAAUAAUCCAGUCUACAUGAUGUCGACAAGUGGUGCGCGAGGAAACAUUUCGCAGGUUCGACAGUUGGUGGCUAUGCGUGGACUCAUGGCAGAUGCCAAAGGCCAGUUGAUUGAUGUGCCGAUCCAGCACUGCCUGCGUGAAGGGAUGACCGUCACUGACAUGCUGAUCUCAGGCCAUGGCGCCCGAAAGGGAGUCAUCGACACUGCCUUGAGAACGGCCAAUUCCGGAUAUCUAUACCGACGGUUGGAUUUCACUGGCUCACCAGUUGUUGUGCGUGCAGAGGACUGCGGCACCGAGGAUUCAAUUCCGAUGGAACUUAAAGGAAUGCGAGAUUCGGUGGCGUCCUUUAAAGACCGGAUACGAGGGCGCGUGCUGGGCAAACCCGUGCUCCAUCCAGAAUCAAAGGAAGUCCUCUUUGAUGCAGGGCACAUGCUUACUGCCGACGAGGCUGGAGACAUUGAGACGCUCUGGAAGUCUCUGGCUGAGACAAUUGAAGUGCCACCCGUGCAUGUCCGUUCCCCACUGGGGUGCCGUCUUCAUGACGGGAUUUGCGCGAAGUGCUACGGUGAAGACCUUUCAACUCCUGGGGAGUUGGUUAGUGUCGGGCAUCCAUCUGGCACGAUCGCAGCGCAAAGCAUGGGCGAACCUGGCACUCAGCUCACAAUGCGAACAUUCCACACCGGAGGAGCGUUCGAAGGUUCUGCUGGUGAAGGUGUCGUUGCAAAGCACGCUGGACACGUUCGAUUGUGGAGCUCCGACGACGAGAUUUCAAAAGACGAUGUCUCGCGCAAGGUCAGAUCUGUCAGCGAGUGGAAGCGGUCUCCGCAAGGUGAGGUUGGCUGUGUGUUGGCGAAGGCUGCAACUUUGCAGAUCACCGACGGCAGCGAUGUCUUGCAGACGGAGAAUCUGGAAAUUGGCACGUACGUCAAAGUUCUCGACGGCGCUUCAGUGAGUUUUGGACAAGUGCUGUACCAGAAGCCUGUCAAAUCCUCACCCAGCACGGAUGAGGAUGACAUCGAGACUUUGGAUAAGCCCAUCAAUUCCGACCAGGACGGAGAGAUUCUGGUGCAACCCGCGGAUACUCUUGGCAGCUGCAUCGACGAAGGGGGGAAGCUGGUAUGGGUGUUGCAGGGUUCUGCCGUGGACUUUCAACACGAAGGUUCAACUUUAGCAGUGAAAGAGGGUGAUGCUGUUGAACCUGGGCAACCUCUUGCGCAAGAAUGGGCGGCAACUAAAUGUGCAGGCGUUCCACGCUUUCAGGAGCCGCCGCGAUCUGCUGACAAGGAUGCCGUAUCUUUGCGCACAGACUUCGACUUCUUUGAGCUUGCGGCAGACCGGACUACCGAGUACCACAAAGAUGUUGAGAUACCUCCAUCUUUGCUGGAGGAGCCUCGAAAUAUCCAGUCAGUGAGGCCCUAUCUGAGACAGGCAGUCUCGCGAGCCUUGGACAAGGCAGAUGACAUGCGCAGUGCGAAACCCUCAGCUCCCACAUCUUCGAGCGUCUUCACGCAGGUUUGCACAGAUGAUGCAGUGCCAAAGUUGCGCAUACUAUGCAGCCCUCCAUCCCUUGAAGCAGGUGCUUCCAUCUUCCCAACGAGCCGAAGCCUCACCGAUGACUGCGUGGCACCGAGCGGUGGCCUCGUCCUUCACGUGAUCUGGGAAGGCAAGAAGACGAUUCUAUGGGCACCUGAAGAGAGCAUCCCACUCCUCAACGAAAAGAAACGACAGGCCAGCGAGGACAAAGGGCAGGUCAAGCUUGGGAGGCCGCUCCUCUUCAAACGCACAGCUCGGACAACUGCUGUACAACCAGAUGAACAUGAAAGCCAAAGUGAUGUUUUCGUUCACCGCUGCAAAGAUCGGGUGUAUUACUCCAGAGAUAUAUCGAUUCUGGAUAUUGAUGCAGAUGCUUCUUGGGAGUGUGCUAUCAAGCCGGGUGAAGUCUUCUUGGCUCCCAGCAAGUACUUUGCUGAAGGGACUUGGUGGGAUGCUGCAGAGGAUGACGGAGUGUACUUACACUCGAGGGCCGUACCCCCGAAUCAUGCAGUCAUACCGGAGCUGCCCACGACCAAGAUUGGUUCAGACUGGAUCAUAGCGGAAAUUCUGGAUGAUCCGCGCGCUGCUGAUUCGGUGCGAGUUUUACUACGCCGUACAAAAUCGGUCAAGCUGCCACCGGCUCGUUGCCCGGUACCUUCUGAGUCACGCACUAUGGCUUUCUGGACCCCUCUUCGGGGCAAUGGUGUUGUGGAGUCGGCCGGACCCGUGGUGUUAGCCCACGAGGUCUCUGCAAGUGUCGGCAGGCAUUACCAAGACACGCAUUGCACAAGCAUUGUCCCAACACGACCUGCCGACGGGACCACUGUCCCUCCAAGGGCCUUCGUGAACGGAACGUCACUGGAUGUUGCCAGUGAAUGGGGUCCAAGCAGUCUCUGCGUCGUGCAACAUUCUCCUCUGGGGACACCAAGAGCUGCCGUGGCCAACAGUUCUUGGCAAGAAGCCAUGCCAAGAUACAUCUCUUGUGAUGAGUCGGAACAGCUCAUCGCACGUCGGACCUUGCCAUCGAAAGCAAGUGGAAUCGUUUGCAGAGCGGAGGAAGGAACUCGAAGGCUUACAGCUGUGGUCCUCAACGACCAGGACUUGCUGAGAGUUCCAUGCCAUGCACAGCCGUCAGUCCGCUUGGGAGAUUUGGUUCGGCAGCACGAUCGGCUAAGCUCGAAGGACGUCUCUCCUGCAGCGGGCCAGGUCGUUUCUGUGCAAACCGCGUCCGAUGGAGAUGCCGUUGCCCUCGUCUUCUUGCGCAGGGCCAGCUCUUACCUCGUCACCAACAAGGGCUCCGUCCUUGUACGCGAUGGAAAUGUUGUCCAAAUGGGAGACUGCUUGGCAACAGAGCCCCUGGCUGUGCCUCGGACCUCAGACAUUGUUCAAGGCCUUCCUCGUAUCGACAGGCUCUUCGAGGCUGCAAAUGGGCAACUGCAAGCGCGGUUGGACAGGAUCUUCGAAGAGGAGGCAGCCCAACGCAGCAGCUUAGAUGCCGCAUAUGCAGCUCGCCGAAGGUUCGAGCAGGAGCUCUUGGCCGAAAUCCAGUCCGCUUAUGGAGAACAGGGUGUACACAUCAGCAGCAAACACAUUGAGGUGGUCGUGCGAAGAAUGACAGAGAAGUGCAGGAUUGAAGAGGGAAUCAGCGGGCUUCCACCUGGGACACUGAUGCAGUAUGUUGAAUUGGAAGGGCUAUGUGCGCUGCAACCGAGUGCUGCGGUGAAGGUGAAGCCCACCGUUCGGGGGCUCACGGAGAUUGGCAGAGAUGGUAGUCACGUCUUGGUGGCCAUGGGCUUCCGAGAAGUGGAUAAUGUCGUGGCGAACGCGGUCUUCCAGGGUGCAGGCCGCUACGGCUUUGAGGGAGUCAAGGAGAAUCUCAUGAUCGGGAAGGCUGUCAGUGUCGGACGAAAGACAGCCUCUUCGACUCAUUCGGUGGAUUGUGAGAUCGACCUUGAUCGAAUUCCUGUAUGGGCCGAAUAG